AUGCAGUGUGAAAGAAAGAGCCUUUACACCUCCUUUCCUCCUGGCAGGGUGAUAAAUGCUGGGAAGAGCCAGCACAACGAGGACCAGGCAUGCUGCGAGGUGGUGUUUGUGGAGCGGAGGCCCAGCCCCAGGGGCCGGCCACCAUCCCGGGAAGGCAGCGAGGAGCUGACUGGGGGCAGGAGGGGUUUCUAUUUCCACUACUGGGCCUUGUUUGAUGGCCACGCGGGCAGCGGUGCCGCUGUCAUGGCAUCCAAGCACCUCCACCUGCACAUCUGUGAGCAGCUCCGGGACCUUGUGGACAUCCUGCAGGACCCCUCCCCACCCCCUCUCUGCCUCCCGCCCGACGCAGGGGCCAGCCCCACGGAGCCCAGCCGGGUGUCCCUUGCGGAGGACAACGGGGAGGUCCCCAAUGAUGCUGUGCCACGGUUUCACCUGGAGAAAGCGGUCUCUCACGAGAGCCUGGUGAUCGGUGCCAUCGAGAACGCCUUCAAGCACAUGGACGAGCAGAUCGAGCGGGAGCGAACGUCCCGGCGCCUCUCCGGGGGCUGCUGUGCCCUGGCUGCCGUCUACCUCCUGGGCAAGUUCUAUGUGGCCAACGCCGGCGACAGCAGGGCCAUUAUCAUCCGUAACGGGGAAAUCAUUCCAAUGUCCAGGGAGUUCACUCCAGAGACAGAGAGGCAGAGGCUGGCGGUUUUUGCGUUCCUGAGGCCUGAGCUGCUGGGGAAGGAGUUCACCCACCUGGAGUUCCCCCGCAGGGUGCAGCCCAAGGAGCUGGGGAGGAAGAUGCUGUACAGAGACCAGAACAUGAACGGCUGGGCGUACAAAAAGAUAGAAGAGGCUGACCUGAAGUUCCCGCUUAUCUACGGGGAAGGCAAAAAGGCUCGGGUGAUGGCCACGAUCGGGGUCACACGGGGCCUGGGAGACCACGACCUCAAGGUGUUCAGCUCCAACAUCCAUAUCAAGCCUUUCCUCUCCUGCUUCCCCGAGGUCAGGGUUUACGACCUCACGCAGUACGAGCACUGUCCCGAUGACGUUCUGGUCUUGGGCACCGACGGGCUCUGGGAUGUCACCAAUGACAAGGAGGUGGCCAGCGUGGUGAUGGAGGUGCUGACGAGCUACGAACCCAAUGACCCGUGCAGGUACACCGUGGUGGCCCAGGAGCUGGUGGUUCGGUCCCGGGGGAUGCUGAAGGAGCGGGGCUGGCGCCUGGCCAACGACAAGCUGGGCUCCAGUGAUGACAUCUCCGUCUUUGUGAUCCCCCUGGGUGGCCCGGGCAACUACACGUGA